AUGCCUCCCGCAAAGUCGAAUACUCCUCCGGUAGUGCUGUACCACUAUGACGCAUCUCCGUUUGCAGACAAGAUCCGCAACGUGCUCGUCCUGAAGCGGAUCCCACACAGUCGGGUCGAGGUGUCUUACAUCCUCCCUCGUCCCGAGCUCUCGGACUUGCUGGGCAUCUCCUACCGGCGCAUACCCGUGCUGGCGAUCGGGAACGACGUGUACUGUGACACGAGUAUCAUCACCGCCGCCCUCGAGCGCCGCUUCCCCGCGACCAAGGGCUACUCUCCGUCCGCACGCGGAACGAUAUUCCCUCCGCGGAAUGGCGGUGGCAAGGUCGCGAAGUCGGACAAGGCGUUCAUCACCGCGUUCGCGAAAUACUACAUCGAGGACCAGAUAUUCCCUCCUGCGGCGGGCCACGUGCCUUAUGAGAAGAUGCCUGCGGACUUCCUGCAGGACAGGAGCCAGAUGUCUGGCGGCCCCAUCGACGUCAAAGCCUUAGUAGCUCGGCGUGACGAGGCGAAGAGCACUCUCGCGUCACAUUUGGCCCUCCUAGAAGAACAGCUCGGGGACGGCAGGGAAUGGCUCGCGGACACCGCCGGUCCGAGUCUUGCUGAUGUUUCCGCCCAUUUCCUGUUAGUCUGGACGACAAAAUUCCGGACUCUUCGUGACCUCAUCGACCCUAACGUCUUCGCCAAAGUUGCCUCGUGGCUAUCCCGCAUGUCCGCGUUCCUGGAGAGCCAGAAGGUCUUCGCGCCGUUCGAGAAGAUCAACGCCGACGCGGCUGCGAAGACCAUCGUCUCGGCUCAGUCGGAGGACCUCUCCGUCGUCGGGUUCGUGGACGUCGAGGCGCGUCGUCUAGAUGUCAAACUAGGUGAUACCGUAUCGGUCGCUCCCAAAGACACAGGUCGCAUACCAACCACGGGCAAACUGCUUGCGCUUAAUCGUGAAGAAGUGGUCAUCGAGACAGUAGGGUCUGCCGGUACUGUUCAUUGUCACUUCCCUCGCCUCGGUUUCUCGGUCAAAGCAGGACAGCCAUCGGCGAAGCUGUAA